CCUUUUCCUUCAGCAAUUGGCUAGUUGAUCAGGAGCUGGUGUGAACCAGAUUCACAAAAUUCAACCCCCACCAAGAUCCCAUCCGUGGAGAUGUACCAAAGCGAGAUUCUUGCUCGUUAAAUAAAAGAAACCCACUUCACCAGCAAGAUCAAUUCUAAUCGCAGCCUUCGAAAAUCAACAAAUGUAAACUCUAGAAAACCCAAAACGUCGCUACCUUGUGGUCCCUUGGGUUGGAGUUUCCAAAGCAAGACAGCAACAAGAGGAAGGAGGAGAUCAAGAGGAGGAAGGGAGGGGAUUGUGUGGUUUAAAAAGGCUUCAAGAGUUGGAUCUCAGCCAAAAUAGUUUUGAAGGGACACUUCCUCCAUGCCUAAACAAUAUGACGUCUCUCAAACUUUUAGAUAUCUCUGACAACCUUUUCACCGGAAACCUUUCCUCAUAUUUGUUACAAAGAUUACCAUCAUCCCUUGAAUUCAUUGAUCUUCGUCACAACAAUUUCCAAGGCUUAUACUCCUUUAGCUAUAUUGGAAAUUAUUCCAAGCUUGAGGUAUUCAUGCUCACAGGUUACAAAGAUAAACUACAAAUUGAUGCUCAAAGUCUUGGUUGGUCCAAUCCGAUGUUUCAACUUAAGGCAUUGGUACUCUCUGAUUUGAGUAUAAGCAGUAUUCCAGAGUUUCUUUUCCACCAACGAUGGUUGAGAGUAAUUGAUCUCUCUCACAACAAGUUGAAAGGAGAAUUUCCUGUUUGGCUGAUGCAAAACAAUUCUAACCUCAAAUUUAUGAAUCUCAGGAAUAACUCUUUUGCUGGUCAAUUAAUCUAUUUGCCAUCAUAUCAAAUGCAUAUGGUUUGGUUGGAUCUCUCAAACAAUCAUUUUAUUGGGAAGUUACCUAAGGAUAUUGGGGACAAACUUCCUAACUUACAGUAUCUUAAUUUGUCUUGGAAUCAACUUGGAGGUGCUCUCCCAAGUAGUCUGGGAAGCAUGCAAGAUUUGUUUGGGUUGGAUUUGGCCUUCAAUAAUUUCCUAGGAGAAGUACCUAAAGAGCUGCUUACAAGUUGUACCAAUUUGCAACAAUUGUUAUUAUCGCACAAUAAACUUGGUGGCAAAUUCUUUUCAUCUGAAUUCAACUUGAGUAAUUUGAUGCGGCUAGAGCUAAACAAUAAUGAAUUCACUGGAAACCUAUCAAAUGUGAAGAUUGAGACAUUAGCCAUAUUAGAUGUUAGCAACAACAACAUGACAGGUCCAAUUCCCACUUGGAUCAAUACAGUGAGCUGGGCAAUUUCAAUGAGGAAUAACUCUUUUGAGGGCCAAUUUCCAUGCCAACAACUUAUGUCCCCAUUGUUUUUUCUGGACCUCUCUCAUAAUUUUCUUUCCGGUCCUUUACCCUCCUGCAUUGAUUUCACCACCAUAGUUGAGAUUCAUUUAGAAGGAAACAAGUUCACAGGAUUAUUGCAAGAUUUUCUUCCUAAUUCUUCAAGUAGCCUCUCUGUGUUGAAUCUCAAAGAUAACAGCUUGUCCGGCUUCAUUCCUGACCUAAUUGGUACGUUUUUAAAUCUGAAAAUUCUUUUGUUGGGAAAUAAUCAUUUCAAGGGUUUGAUUCCAGAGGCAUUGUGUUUAUUGGAAAAUAUAAACAAAAUGGAUCUUUCUAGCAACUCAUUCUCUGGAACAAUACCUUCCUGUUUACAAAACUUAUCCUUUGGGGUGAUAGAGAAUUAUGGUGAAACUCUUGCACAACAUCUAAUCUCAUAUGACAUCUUGUUCACUGAUCAAAAUCGCAUGUAUGGAGAUCUCUUGAAGAAAAAUCUGAACUUCUUCAUAGAUGUUGAGGCUAUAGGAGUAAGUGAGAUUUAUUUGGUUAAUAAAAACAUAGGGAGUUCUUACAAAGGUAAAACACUAAAUUUCAUGUCUGCUCUAGACAUCUCCUGUAAUGAUCUAACCGGAGAAAUCCCUCAAGAGCUCGGAACACUCACACAUAUUCAUGCUUUAAACUUAUCUCAUAACCAGUUGAUGGGUCAUAUUCCGAUUCCUUUGUCAAAGCUAGCAAAUAUUGAAAGCUUGGACCUUUGCUGCAACAAUCUAAUCGGUAAAAUCCCUCCAGAGUUAGCCAAUCUAAGCUUCUUGGCAGUCUUCAAUGUCUCAUACAACAACUUAUCUGGAGAGAUUCCACUUCCAAUGAUGAAACCACAGCUUACAACGUUUGACAAGAGCAGCUAUGAAGGAAACCAGUUUCUUUGCGGGCCGCCUUUAGAGAAAAGCUGCAUCAAUGAUAUUGAGACACCGAGUUUAAAAUCAUCACCAUCGGAUGCAACUAAAGGGAAAUGGUAUGAAAUUGAUCUUACUGCUUUUCUUGCAAGUUUUUGGCCAGCAUAUUUGGUUUUCUUUCUGUUAAUGGUGUCCCUUCUCUGCAUCAACCCUCAUUGGCUAAGGUCACUUUAUUUCGUUGAUCAUUAUCAUUCCAAGCUAGUGACUACUUUCAAGAUCUGGUGUUAUUCAAGAUAUCAAGUUGUUGAAGCUUUUUAACGGCAAUCCUAUUCUUGUACAUAGUUUGUAGUCAAUCUAUAUUUACAUCGUUCUUGCAUGCGUAAGACUUCGUAGUCAUUUUAGUCCUCUAGACUUGAAUAACUCUUAGUUCUUGUACAAUCAUUGAGUACAAGCUAGCCCAUACCACCUUGUACCGUGUGGAUGUUAUUAUGUUGCAAUUAAGUUGGAAGUCUAGAAUGUUUUAUAUAUCUUUGCUUUAUGAAGAAAGACAGAUUUUAAAC